CGACGCUCCUUCUACUCCAACUAAUUCUCCCUCCCCCCCACCCGUGGAAGCACCGAAAUCACCACCUCCCGUAACCUCGUCUCCGCCACCAGCUCCUGUUCCCGAGAGCGCUCCUCCCUCGCCUUUACCAAAGGCUUCGACUCCGGUGAGCUCUCCACCGGCUUCAGUACCCAAAGCUGCUACACCUCCAUCUCCGGUAGCCGAUGCACCGGCUCCAAGCAAGGGUAAGAAGCAUCAAAACGCGACGGCUCCGGCUCCUGAACUUGACAGCCCACCUUCACCACCGAUGGAAGCUCCUGGUCCUAGCUCCGACGCCGUGUCUCCUGGUCCGGCCACAUCCGCCGACGAAAAGAGUGGAGCCGAGAGCACAAGUGUAUUGCGGAAUUUAGCAGCGGUGGGAGCGGCUGCAACCGCCUGGGCCGUUCUCGUUAUGGCCUUUUAAAUUAUUUUAGUUAUCAUUUCGCUCCUUCAUUUGUAGCUUCUUUUUUUUGAACCAACGAUUGUCUUUUCGCGUUUGAGUGAUGAGUAUUAUUUAAUUGAUUAUUACAGUUUGUUUUCUUUA